AUGAAAAGACCAACGAGAGAUGUUCUUGAAGUGUACGAGGAAUCUGAUGGAGAUGAUAAAGAGCGUGAAGACUCUGUUGAUGAGGAUAUAGACCACGAGGAAGUUGAGCCAACAACCUCAAACACCGUGACUUUUCAAUCAGAACCAUCGAAGAAAAAGUUGAAAAAUCGUUCUCAAAGGAAACUUACGAAAAGCCAGCUGAGCGAAAAGCGAAAGUUGGCAGAGUAUAGGAAAAUUGUUGGCUUGGUGAGACCUGAUGUUACAACAAAUAGAGAAAAAGAACGGUUACUCAAAAGAAUUGCUACGAAAGGUGUAGUUCAACUGUUUAAUGCUGUAGCUGAGCGUCAACAGGUAUUGGCUGAGGAAUUAUCAAAGAAAAUGAGCGCUAAAGAACGACGAGAAACUGAGAGGCGGUUACAGGGAUCUUCAUUCCGAGUUUAUCCAGAAAAAGAGGAAAAUGGAGUUGAUAAGAUGGAGCCUCAAGAAAGUGAUGAAGAGAGCUUUAUUAAGCAAGAAAAUGAAAUGGAUUGA